UUCUUUGCACAAAAUAAAGGAUCUGCUAUGGGUAACCCUGCCUCGCCGAUUUUUGCUGAGAUAAUCAUGAACGCACUUCUUUUGUAUGUCUGUUCUCAGGUAGAUUUCCUUAUCCCGUUUCUAUACAUUUACGUAGAUGACAUUAUCAUGGCCAUACCUGGUGAUAAGAUUCAAGUAAUGUUAGAAUUGUUCAAUUCAUUUCAUCAAGAUUUAAGAUUUACAUACGAAGUAGAGAACAACGGUACCAUACCCUUUUUGGAUUUAAUACUUAUUAAAGAAAACAACAAAGUUAUUUUUGACAUUUAUCAAAAGCCAACAGCUUCUGGAAGAAUACUUCACUACAAGUCGUUUCAUGAAUUUAAGCAUAAAAUAUCAAUAAUAAAAAACAUCAGGCAAAAAAUCUUGAAUCUCAGCCAUCCCAGUUUCCACAUGAAGAAUUUUAAUUUUUUCUCAAAAAUGUUACGUGAGAACGGUUACCCCAAAUCUUUAAUCAAUAAUAUUUUUUACGCCUCAUCCGUCAAUAAUCCAGUUAACGCUCCAGAAAACAAUGAAGCUACACCAUCUAAAAAAACAUUUAAACUUAUUUUUAUCCCGAUGUUGACGAAGCAACUUAUCCAUGCACUGUCUAGCAGCGGUGUCCGUAUUGUUUGCUAUUACAGGAAAACAAUUAAGAACUUUUUUUCUAAGUUAAAAGACCUCACCCCUAAAAUGUUACAAUCUAAUUUAAUUUAUAAAGUUAACUGCAAAAGUUGUCAGUCUUCAUAUGUGGGUCAAACUAAACAAUAUCUCAAAAAUAGAAUGAAGCAACAUGAAAACGAUUGCAAGAGUGGCAAUUUUAGUACGGGUUUGUCAUUUCAUCAUAGAGAUACAGGUCAUAUUUUCGAUUUUGAGGAACCUGAGAUUCUAUCUAGAGAAAAUAAUUUGGACAAGAGAAUUUUCAAAGAGAUGAUCUUCAUCAAGAAAACAACAGACAACGUCAAUGUUCAAUCUGAUACUUCCACCCUUAAUAAUAUAUAUAUAAACCUCGUUAGAUAGUCGAUGAAUACCCCUGUGUAGUGUUUCCUAAUUGUGUUUUGGUAGUAAGAAUUUCAUAUGUUCAAUGUGAUAACUCGCCCGCCGGUCUCUCUGUUUAGUUGAUUGUUGGAUUUACUAUGAAUAGAUUACCAAGAAAAUCUCAAGUAUUUACCGAGCCCUCUAAGCAUUUAUUGCUAUUAUGUUUUAUUUUUUAUGACUUUUCCAUUGACUGGUUCUUCCUUGAAGAAUAAAGGAUUUCUUAGCCUGAGGAAGGCGAAAUAUAACGCCGAAACGUCGCUCUAAGAGUCCAAAGUGUUUUCAUCCAGUUCCUUAAACCGAGAAGUUAUCAAUUACUGAAUUCUGGAAGGAACGAGAACUAUCCAC